GAGAGAGAGAGAGAGAAAGAGAAAGAAAGACACACACACAGAGAGAGAGAGAGAGAGAGGAAGAGAAAACAAACGCACAGCACAGAGACUGAGCAGCAGGAAGAGUGGUCUGAUCUUUCCUUAAGGGAAACUUUGACACCUUCGCUGGAAUCUGAGCUGCUGUCCCAUGUCCCACAAUCCCCGCUGGACAGGCGGAGAGACGGAUCUGAUUGGAUAAACGGGAAACAACAACGAGCCGACUAGACAAAUCAAUAGAUGUUUAAUCCAGAGUCUGACGAGGAAAGAGGGAACUCCGAGAGAUGGAGAGGAAGUGGACACAUGAAGGACGAAGAGAGGGACGAGGUGGAGGCGGACAACGAGAGUGACGGGGAGAGAGAGAGAGAGGAAAAGACAGAGGAAGAGGAGAGCCGGACGGAGAGCGCGAGCGAGCUGAGUGGAGAGGCGCAGGUGGAGAAAUGGAGGGAUGAAAUGAACAGGAAUGGAGAUGGCGGCUCGCUGGCUGACGAUGAGGAGGAAGAGGAUGAUGAUGAAGGCCAGAAAACGAAGAUCAAGGCAGCUGCAGCUUUCAGUCCUCUAGUGACCAUCGUAUGUCCAGCCAGCAAGCAGCUGGAUCAGAAUGAAAGCAACUGCUCAGAGGAACCUGAGGAGAAAGGUCUAGAACAUGAAGAACCUCAAUCACACAUGUACCAACAUCUAAAUCACCUCCCAGAGCAGAGACGGAUCAAGGAGAAUGCAGAACGUCAUUGUGGGUGCUGUGGUGAGAGAGUACAGCUGAGUGUAGGUCUCUUAGCCUCUGCAGUGAUGUUUCCUCUCCUGGUGUGGUCAGGUUUUGAGCUCCUGCCGUUCGACACUCCUCCGGUCAGCAGCGCCCCCUUCAGACUGGUGUACACGCUGCGCUGUGCUUUCUUCGCCACUCUCCCCAUCGUUCUGGGUGUGUUGGUUCAGGGUGUGUCCCGGUUUAAAUUUGACGCCCUGAAGCCGCUGUUUGAAGGAAAUCGGGGCACGCGUGAUGUUGUCAUCCACGGCAACUACGUCAGGGACUCUCUUCAUCUGUACCUCCUAUACUUCAUCCAACUUGCUGUCAUGGCAACCUACGUCCGGCAGGACAUGCUGAAACUGGUGCCCUUACUGACUAUCGUCUUUGUGUUCGGCAGGCUGAUCUACUGGGUUUGCGUGGUGUUCCACAGCAGCGUUCGCUCGCUCGGUUUCGGACUCUCCUUCCUGCCCGUGGUGGUCCUGCUGGGAGCCAAUCUCUACUUCGUCUGCUCGUCAGUCGGACCGGAGGCGGUGUUCGACGUGGCUCCACCCACCACCGCUCCGCCCCCAAAGCCGAGGUGGUGGGGUUGAUCGGUCCACCGACACGGCGCUAACACGGCUCGUGAUGGGAAGCUCCUGCUGUUGGCAACCAAGACAUUUAAGACGAAGAAGAAACAGAACAACUUCAUUCUAGAGGUUCUUACCUCAGCGUUUGCUGUAGCUACCUUCAUAAUCGCAGGAAGGCUAACAAGCUUGGGCCAGUUAGGUGGAGUAGAGGGCAAUGCUAACUGCCCAGUUCUACAUACACGAUCUUUUAUACGGCCUCAGUUGGCUGGCAUCACUCCGGGAUAAAACGCUCCACCGGACUGACCUGAGGGGACAUGGCCCUGCCCGUGAAACGCAGCCCCUAAAGUCAGCUCUGUCUACACAGUUUCCAAUGAUCAUUCAAAAUACUGUGCUGGGCGAAUCUCAAACACCGUCUGAUACCAUUAAAACUGGUUUCUUCACCCAUAUCACUGCUGUCGGAACAAACCUUGCCCCCCCGUUUUGGUCCUUUGUCAGUUUUUGACGUAAUCUGAAAAAGUGUGUUGUCCUUUACAUAGUGUGCUAAUUUCACAAUGAAUGGACCAAAACAAACGGCCCAAAAUUACUUGGUAAAACGUCUCAUCUUACAUUGACUUACAUUAGAAGUAAAACGUGUUUUUUAUUUCUCCUGGAUAUUGGAGAUGCAAGGUUUUGGUCGGACAUCAGUGAAAUGUCUAUCAAACAGCCAUUUGGGAUUCAGCCAAGUGUGCACAGUUCCAUACGGGACAAACGGCGCUGUGUUUUGGUGUAGAAGCCAGAACUUGCAUAAUGCUCUGCUCACUUGUGUCGCACUAUGAAAUGAAAGUUUUACGAAUGCCAUACUAUUUAUUUCUGCACACGUCACAGUUCAGUUCAGGAAAGUCGGUAUAUGCGGACGUUGGUACCGCAGAUGUCGUCUUAUUUGCGCCCGUUUACGCCUGCUGCCCUGUGGUGGUUGCGAUUGUUAGUGUGUGGUUUUAGGCGACUUUGGGAAAUCAGUUCGUUAGAUCUGCGCAAUGUGCAGCCAAAAUAUCGGAAAUCCACUUCAUUGUCCGACUUCUCAGUUACAGCUCGCUAGGGCAGUUAACCGGGCAUUGCUGCCCCUUUCAGACCGGCCAUUGGAGCUAAAUUCGGCUUAAUUAUGAUUCUCCAUUAGCUUCAACCAAACCAGGCUUAAACAGGCGAUCAUCUCACCCUGUAUGCUGGUUUUUAUAUUCUGCUUUUCUGUGUUAAGAUCAGAUCGUUUUCAGGUCAGUUAGAGUAGUUGGGACGCUAGCCGAGGCGAGGGAGCUCUGGCUGGUUUACCCUGAGAAAACCAUGUGAAGGAGAUGUUUAGAUAGCGUGCUGUAAUUAUCACUUCAGUUCCGUUUAUUCUUCUGCAACGUUCGCUGUAAAAAGAUAAAAUGGUGGGAAAUCAAACACCGAAAAAUCGGCUCUGCGCAGUUUAACUGUAAAUCAGCCGAGACGUGUUUGGCGUCUGAGGUCAACUGCUUGAGUUUCAGCGCAGGAGCCAUGAGGUAAACUCGUCCUCAAACUGUGUGGAGUUCCGUGUCUCUGGUGGACCUGACUCUGUGGUUUCUGACACUGUAUUACACUGGUUUUAAUCAACUUCGUCGUUUUUGCCCAUCAGUUUAACGCAGCGGUACAUUAGAUUCUGAUUAGAUUCGUGAGUUUAGCCACAACACCAACACUUUAUGACACCUGAAACAAGAAGUCGGUAUGCAAAUGUGGCCCGAGUUGGAGCUCAAAGGUUCCUGCUUCCUGUUUUUUCUCUCUCAUGGUUCCUGUUUGGGUCAUGAAAUGUUUGUGUUGGCUGGAUUUGAGGGUUAGCAGCUCCAGGUGAGUUACAGCUGAGUAGAUUCAAUGAAUCCAGGUCAGUAACACACUGUCUGAACUGCUCUCACACCAAAGAAAGGCCGGAUGACCAGAGUCAGUGAAAUAACGAAUCUAAAAUAAAGGAAUACAGGAGCACAAGUAUAUUCAAUGGUUUCAUUGUUUUGAUAUACAUUUUGUAAAUUAUGAUAUGAAUGUUCCCAAAACAUCAUUUACAUAAAUGUUUCAGGUCAUGUACAUUUAUAUCGCUGUUGGGAACAAAACCUUGUGUCUCCAAAAUGGUAACUUUACAGGAGAAGGAAAAAACUUCCUCUACUUUUAAUGUAAGUCAAUGGAACCGGAAGUUUUACCAAGUCAUUUUGGGCCAUUUCUCUUGGUCGGUUCAUCGUGAAAUUUACACACAAUCUAAAGAGCAACAGGCAUGUUCAAAACCUGAAAAACGAGAAAAAUGAAGAUGAAACCUUGCAUCUCCAUCUUUGUCGUUUCUCAUUUUUGGCAGCUACCCUUUACUUUCUCCGAAUCUCAUGACCAGAAAUGCUCCAAACUGACUGAGAUUAAAUCAUUUCUCCAGUAACCUCCAUUAAAUGUAAAUGUUGUCCUGUCCUGUCUGAUUUGUGAUGUUUUAAACCUCUUUUCAGGCUCAUGUACAGAUGUGUGUAUUGCUGUUUUAUUGUGCGUGAUAUUGUAAUCGUCCCUGAUCGUCCCUGAUCAAUAAAUUUUCUGAUUAUUUUGCUAUUAAA